AUGGCACGAAGGGCGCCAGUGCUGCUGUCUGUGGCCAUCUUGGCCUUUGGACUGCUGGCCUUGAACCAGGCCUUUGUCGCAGGCCCCAAUCAGCCAGCUUUGCGCGGUCAGGAGGCUGCUGUAGCAGGUGCAGUGCUUGCCGCGCUGCCUGCUGCUCCAGCAUUGGCAACUGACCAGUACACGGACAGCUUCAGCAAGGUUGAUGCGAUCGUGAUCUUUGUCCCCAUCGUCGUUGUGUGGAUCGCAUUCCUGGAGUGGGAUUCCAAGCAGCCUUCUGCUGAUGACGUCACUGGCUAUGGCUACCUUGGGAAGACCAUUGAUGGACCUACCGAGGACAAGCCUGCCUACUUCCGCCGCAGCCCUGAGAACGGCUAA